CUCAGCUGUUGUCAAGCUAAAGAAAACUGAAAAACUCUUUGUCGACUUUGGGCAAUGAAAGUAGCGGAGAAGAUCGUAUUCCUCUGGAAAGAUUCCGAUGGAUUCGCGGCAACCAUUGCCGAUGCUCUAAACCCUAGCCCUAGUUCCCCUCUUCGCAAACUAGAAGAACAGAUCCAGCUUCCCUUGGAUAAGUAUGGCGUCCAUGAUGAUGUCGGGACCGGCGGGAGUAUCGUUCAUUUCGUCGAUGAAAAUGGAGUUUACCAGGUCUCGAUAUUUCUUCUUCGAAGCUAUGAGCCUCCUGUGCUAGUGUGUGCUAUGAAUGAACUGCUGGACCAAAUUACAAGGGAGGCGUCAACUUUACCCACAAUUGUGGCUCCUUUUCUUGUGGCGGCAUCUAAGCUGAAGUUCAAUAACAGAUCCCUUGAAGCAAAUAACAAAAAGACUAGUCUUUAUUACGUUCAAGUUGGUACAGAAACAGAGACCAGUAGGUUAUUUGCUUCUCGCAUAGAGAAACCACCGCCACUGAUGCAGAUCAAUUGUGAACCUUUGUCAUGCUUGCUUCAUCUAGCUCGUGUAAAAUGCUUGCCUACCUGUAUUCUCAUUGGACAAAGAAGCAGUAGCAUAUAUCGUAAAGCUCUAGAGGAGGAGGAGCUACAGGUGAUACAUGAAACAGGGGAGCUGGUGGCAAGUUGGAGCGGACUGUGUAUGUCAAGAGAGAGAAUCAAGUGGAGCGCAGCAAAGACAUCUAAAGAAGAGGAAAGUCCAUGGCGUGCUCUUUACGGUUAAACAGACUUAUCAGGUCAGGUGAGGUGAGGUCUUUUUCAAUGGCCCAACACUGCGAUAUCAGAGUCUUUGCUAGUUAGUUGGGCCUGGCACUAAAUUUCCCUCUAUAGUUGUUAAAAAAACAUCACUUUUUGUGCUCUCACUCAGCUUAAAGAAAUCCAUGUCACACACUGACUAAGCCUUUUGCUAGGAUAUUUAUGAGAAAGAAACAGUAUUAUAAUUUUA